UUCUGCGUUUUUGGUGGCCCCGCAAGAUGUCCGAUUCCGAGAGCAGUGAGGACGAAACCACCUCCAAACUUUUGCAAGCGGUGGACACGUCUUUCCUGAAUGAAACGCUUUACAAAAAAGAACCGGCCACAAAAGAUGCGAAGGAGAAGAACGAAACCAGCCAGAUCCAUCCUGAAAAGCAGCUCGCUGACGGCAAGAAAGAUGCACCAAAGUCCAACCGAUACCUGCUCGAGGAGGAUUCCGUGUUUCAGAGCGAUCUGAGCGUAAGCGACUCGAUGCAGAAGCACAUGGCCGCGAAGGUAUCGAAGCUGAUCGAAACGAUCGUAUCCUUCGACGAUACCGUGACUAUGAAAAAGAAGAAAGUAAAGGAGAAGACGGCCAACGAAAGCAAUGGCGCGGUACAUCUGUUAUCAGGGUUUGAUACGUGCAUCCAACUGGAUCUACCCGAGCCACAAUUUGUUCAACUGAAACCAGUUCAGGUGCGUCGUCGGCAAGUUGAACAGGAAACCAACGUGGAGGAUAGCCAACAGAGGCUCGCAUCUGUCGUCUGCGAACCUGGCACAUUUAGCGAGGAAACGAAACACUGGAAACCGAAACGGGAAAAGGCGGUAUUCCACUACCAAUCGAAAGGGAAUGGCGUAUGUGAGGCACUUCCAAACAUGCCUCCGAAUGAGUUUACCCUUUCGCGUAUUGCGCGCAAGUGGGACGAAAGUAAGAUACGGUUGUGGAAAGGAGAAAAAAGGGCGAAAAAAAGACCUAUAAAUGUGUGAUCUUAAGGC